AUGAAGGACAGGUGUGUGGCGUGCUGGCUCCUGGGACCCAGCACUACUGUCCUGAGGAACGUAGGGCGGCGCCUCACAAUCGAUGACUUUGAAAUCGGGCGUCCCCUGGGCAAGGGGAAAUUUGGGAAUGUAUACCUGGCUCGGCUCAAGGAAAGCCAUUUCAUCGUGGCCCUGAAGGUUGUUUUCAAGUCGCAGAUAGAGAAGGAAGGACUGGAGCACCAGCUACACCCAAAUCCUGGUUCCUGUCCUGUUCUCCCCUCACUCGCUCCCAGACACCCCAACAUUCUACGCCUGUAUAACUACUUCCAUGAUGCGCGCCGGGUGUUCCUGAUUCUGGAAUAUGCUCCGAGGGGUGAGCUCUACAAGGAGCUGCAAAAAAGCGAGAAAUUAGAUGAACAGUGCACAGCCACGAUAAUGGAGGAGUUGGCAAAUGCCCUGACCUACUGCCAUGAGAAGAAAGAGAUUCACAGAGAUAUUAAGCCAGAGAACCUACUGCUGGGGUUCAGGGGUGAGGUGAAGAUUGCAGAUUUUGGCUGGUCUGUGCACACCCCCUCCCUGAGGAGAAAGACAAUGUGUGGGACACUAGACUACUUGCCCCCAGAAAUGACUGAGGGGAAAACAUAUGAUGAAAAGGUGGAUUUGUGGUGCAUUGGAGUGCUUUGCUAUGAGCUGCUGGUUGGAUAUCCACCUUUUGAGAGCACCUUCCACAGUGAGACUUACAAAGGCAUCCUCAAGGUGGAUGUGAGGUUUCCACUAUCAAUGCCUGUAGGGGCCCAGGACUUGAUUUCCAAGCUUCUCAGAUACCAGCCCUUGGAGCGACUGCCCCUGGCUCAGAUCCUGAAGCAUGCCUGGGUUCAGGCCCAUUCCCAAAGGGUGCUGCCUCCCUGUGCUCAGAUGGCUUCUUGAGCCCUGUCUGCUUCUGUUUAUGUUUGCUCAGGGAGAUCUCCUAGCUCUGCCACCU